AUGGAGGGCCUGACGCUGAGCGAGGCGGAGCAGCGCUAUUACUGCGACCUCUUCUCCUACUGCGACACCGAGAGCACCAAGAAGGUGGCGCCCAACGGGCGGGUGCUGGAGCUGUUCCGCGCCGCGCAGCUGCCCAGCGAGGUGGUCCUGCAGAUUAUGGAACUUUGUGGUGCAACAAGACUUGGAUAUUUUGGAAGAAGUCAGUUCUAUAUUGCUUUGAAACUUGUUGCUGUGGCCCAGUCAGGUCUCCCUCUAAGAGUGGAAAGUUUAAAUACAGUAAAGGACCUCCCUCUACCCAGAUUUGUUGGUCCAAAGAAUGAACAGGAAUUGAGACACACAGCCUUGUAUUCUUCAGAUGCUGAUAACUCAACCCCAUAUUCAGGUGUAAUUCCUCCCCCACCCGGCCGGGUUCAAGUGAAAAAAGGCUCUGUGAGCCAUGAUGCAGUCCAGCAACGUACAUCAACAGAUCAACAGGAGUCCACAUCUCCAGUUGUUUCACCACAGCAAUCCCCACCAACCUCUCCACAUACAUGGAGGAAGCACAACCGCCAUCCCAGCGGAGGGAAUAAUGAACGACCUCUUGCUGGACCUGGGCCUUUUUGGGCUCCAUUUAGUGAAGCACAGCCAGGCUCAUCUACUACUGGUGAUUCCAUAUGGUCUGGCCAUUCCCCGCCACCACAUCAAGAAAACUGGGUCAGUUUUGCAGAUACCCCACCAACCAGUACUCUUUUAGCCAUGCAUCCUGCUUCUGUCCAGGACCAGACAACAGUACGAACUGUAGCAUCAGCUACAACUGCAAAUGAAAUUCGUAGGCAAUCGAGUAGUUAUGAUGAUCCCUGGAAAAUAACUGAUGAACAAAGGCAGUAUUAUGUAAAUCAGUUUAAAACCAUUCAACCUGAUCUAAACGGAUUUAUUCCAGGGUCUGCAGCUAAAGAAUUUUUUACCAAAUCAAAACUACCUAUUCUUGAGCUUUCUCACAUUUGGGAACUGUCUGAUUUUGAUAAAGAUGGCGCAUUGACACUGGAUGAGUUCUGUGCUGCUUUUCAUCUGGUAGUUGCUAGGAAGAAUGGCUAUGACUUACCUGAAAAACUACCUGAAAGUUUAAUGCCCAAACUGAUUGAUUUGGAAGACACAACAGUGGUUCCUGUCAUUUCAGAAGUUGGAGAUCAAUCUGGUGAGGUAGGUUACUCCAGCUCUCCAGCAGAAGCACCUCCAAGCAAGUCUCCAUCAAUGCCAUCCCUAAACCAGACCUGGCCAGAACUAAAUCAGAGCAGCGAGCAGUGGGAGACAUUUAGUGAACGCUCUUCAAGCUCACAAACUCUGACCCAAUUUGAUUCUAACAUUGCACCAGCUGAUCCUGAUACUGCUAUUGUUCACCCGGUUCCCAUUCGAAUGACUCCAAGCAAAAUCCACAUGCAGGAAAUGGAACUUAAAAGAACUGGAAGUGAUCUUGCUAAUCCCACUAGCCCUCUACUUGUGAAACCACCUGACCUCUCAGAAGAAAAUAAUAUGAGUUCAUCAAAAUUUGUAGCUGGAAAUACAGUUGCAGAUGGUUACAGCAGUUCAGACUCCUAUACUUCAGAUCCAGAGCAGAUUGGAAGCACUGUAACUCGGCAACGGUCACAUUCAGGAACAUCUCCAGAGAACACUGCACCACCCCCACCCCCUCCUAGACCUCAUCCUUCACAUUCUCGAUCAUCAUCUUUAGAUAUGAACAGAUCCUUUACAGUUACUCCAGGACAGCAACAAGCUGGAGUUGUUGCCUACCCCCCUGCAGUGCCUCCAAGACCACCGCCCUCACAGGGUGCAGGUCCUCAUGUGCAUCGUCCAGUGGAUGCUGAAAGCCUAAUAACUCAUACCAGUACCUCACCUCAGCAAAUACCAGAACAGCCAAAUUUUGCAGACUUCAGCCAGUUUGAGGCAUUUGCUGCAUCAGGUGUAAAUGAAGAGGAGGAGGAUGAAAUUGAAACACAUUCAGAAGUCUUGCAGGUUGAAAAACCCUCUGAUUCUGCAGGCUCCCUUAGAGUUGCCAAAACAGAUGGCAGAGUUGAAGACAAGGCAGCUGCUAGUGUCCCUGUUAAUGCGGGAAAAGGCACCACACCUCUUGCUCCACCACCAAAGCCUAUUCGCAGAAGGUUAAAAUCAGAAGAUGAGCUGAGACCUGAAGUUGAGGAGCAUACACAGAAAACAGGUGUCAUAGCUGCUGUUCUUGCUUCACAGCCAUCUAUCCCUAGGUCCGUGGGGAAAGACAAGAAGGCAAUUCAGGCAUCAAUUAGACGCAAUAAGGAAACGAACACUGUUUUGGCCAGAUUGAAUAGUGAAUUACAGCAACAGUUAAAGGAUGUUCUUGAAGAGAGAAUCUCCCUGGAAGUCCAACUGGAACAGCUUCGACCCUUCUCUCACCUAUAAGCCAAUUGCCGUUAAUUGUGAAUUUACUAAAUUUGGAAAGGGGGAUUGGGUUCAAAGCCUAUUGAAAGACCCAUUCAUUCAGCUCAAUGCGCUCUAUUCAACAUUAAAUUUUGUGAUUCUGUUCUG